AUCAUAUUGUGCCCAAUGGAGGAUUAUACAAAAGGCCUUUCAAUGAAGAUUUUGAAGAAACACCGAUGCUGGUUGCUGUGCUGACCUACGUUGGAUACGGUGUUCUCACUCUCUUUGGAUAUCUGCGAGAUUUCAUGCGGCAGUGGAAGAUUGAGAAGUGUCAAAAUGCAACAGAAAGAGAAGAACAAAAGGAUUUUGUCCCAUUGUACCAGGACUUUGAAAAUUUCUACAACAGAAACCUCUACAUGCGCAUUCGGGACAGCUGGAACCGUCCCAUCUGCAGUGUGCCAGGGGCCAAAGUGGACAUGAUGGAGAGAGUUUCCCAUGACUAUAACUGGACCUUCACGUAUACGGGGAGAGUGAUAAAGGACAUUAUUAAUAUGGGUUCCUACAACUACCUUGGAUUUGCACAGAAGGCUGGGACUUGCCAAGAAGCAGCAGCUAAAGUUUUAUCCCAGUAUGGAGCUGGGGUGUGCAGCACUAGGCAGGAGAUGGGAAACUUGGACAAACAUGAGGAGCUGGAAAAGCUAGUUGCCAGAUUCCUAGGUGUGGAAUCUGCAAUGGCAUAUGGAAUGGGGUUUGCAACCAACUCUAUGAACAUUCCUGCUUUAGUUGGCAAGGGCUGUCUGAUUUUGAGUGAUGAACUGAAUCAUGCGUCACUAGUGCUUGGAGCAAGACUGUCAGGCGCAACUAUUCGAAUCUUUAAGCACAACAAUAUGCAAAGCCUGGAGAAGCUGCUCAAAGAUGCUAUUGUGCAUGGGCAACCUCGUACACGGAGGCCCUGGAAAAAAAUUCUUAUCUUGGUGGAAGGAAUAUACAGUAUGGAGGGAUCCAUAGUCCGUUUGCCUGAAGUGAUUGCCCUAAAGAAGAAGUACAAAUCCUAUCUAUACCUUGAUGAGGCUCAUAGUAUAGGUGCCCUGGGUCCCACUGGCCGGGGUGUAGUGGAGUAUUUUGGACUCAAUCCUGAAGAUGUGGAUGUUAUGAUGGGGACAUUCACCAAGAGCUUUGGAGCUGCUGGAGGAUACAUUGGGGGCAAGAAGGAACUGAUUGAUUACCUCAGGACAUACUCUCACAGUGCUGUGUAUGCAACAUCAAUGUCACCUCCUGUUGUGGAGCAAAUCAUCACCUCCAUGAAGUGCAUUAUGGGUGAAGAUGGUACAACUGUUGGGAAAGCACGUGUGCAGCAGCUAGCAGAGAACACGAGAUAUUUCAGGAGACGACUGAAAGAGAUGGGCUUUAUCAUCUAUGGAAAUGAAGAUUCCCCUGUUGUGCCUCUGAUGCUGUACAUGCCAGCAAAAAUUGGUGCAUUUGGGCGUGAGAUGCUGAAGCGGAACAUCGGUGUUGUGGUUGUGGGCUUCCCUGCCACCCCCAUCAUCGAGUCCAGAGCCAGAUUCUGCUUGUCUGCAGCUCAUACCAAAGAGAUGCUUGAUACAGCUUUAAAAGAAAUCAAUGAAGUUGGGGACCUUUUGCAACUGAAAUAUUCCCGUCACCGUUUGGUACCUCUCUUGGACCGUCCGUUUGACGAGACAACAUAUGAAGAAACUGAAGACUGAACUCCCUCCGUGUGCCUUGGUGGGAGGAACACACCCCAUGGGACACUCCGUGCCACGCAGGCCACAGCGUCCAUGAACAACACACUUGUGACUGCUUAGAAUAAAAGACAUUUCCUCACAAUACUGAAGUGGCCACAUCAGCUCUAAAUGGCAUUUUGUAAAUAGGGAGAGGAGAAAAAAAAAAAAAGCUUUGAUUCCUGUGUCUUCGGGGUCUGGCCCUAGAGGUGCUUGGCUUUAUUUUUUUCUUGUUGCUUUUUUUAUUUAUUUGUCUCAAUGAAUUCACAGCAACCCAAGUUGGCUGUGCCUGUAUGCACCAUUAGCUUCCCAAAUGCUGGCUGAGAUGUUGUGAGCAUGUGUGACGCUGGCAUGGCAGCAUUUCCAGUGUCACUGCUAGGUGUCUGACCUUCCAGUAAGGAGUGAGCUGACCUGUCCGUUCCUGGAGACUUCCUAGAGAAACUGUUGAUUGCUAACUUUAACGUACUUAACAAGAUGGAUAAUCAACCAAAGUUUUUUUGGGUUUUUGUUUGUUUUUUUUUUCUUUUACAGUUACUUGUGUUUAAAACUUGAAUUUAGCCUUUUUAAAAUAAAUGUGUUGUUGACAUGUCACUGACAGGACCAUUGUUCCCAAACAUUAUUUAGUUUUGUAAGCCACAGGCAGGAGGACUUCUGGGACUGUAGCUUCCUUUCUUCCCAGUAUGGAUACCAGAUUGUUUCCUGGUUUUGACACUAAUUGUCUUCUUGAUAUAGGGUAAGUGAUGGAGAGGAAGGGGUUUUGUUACUUUAUUCUUUUUAAUGGGCUGUGUUUUGUCUUCCUUCUGGCAUACUUCUGUUUAAAAAAAAAAAAAAAGAGGAAAAGGUGGGUUUAUUAUGUGUUGCUUUCUCAUCUUCAGGGUAAUUUCUCUUUCUUUAGAAUGCUCAUAAAAUGAUGCACAAGUCACUGCUAACUUCUAGAAGGGUGCUCUUGGGAUUAAGUAAACCAUAGCAAGCCUUGUGCUUCUUGUUAAGACCAGAACUCCUCAACAAGCAGGCCUGUACAAUGGAUGACUAUUAGGAGAACCACUUAUUUUGUGCAGAUCUGUGAAAGACAGAUUGCUAUUGUUUGCUGCACUAAUUCACUGUUUCUUGUCAUAUACGAGGUGUUCUUCAUUGGCCUUGUUGUGCAAGGCUUUUAUGCAGAGUCUAGACAGCUUGGAUCUCUUAUCAUACAUCACAUUUCAGCCAGCCAGCAGUCUCAGCUGGCAGCUGAAGAGAGAAUGUCCUCACAAUUGCAUUUAGUUUGAGAUCUUUAUUCUUUGCAUUCUUGUUACUGUGAGAUAAAUUAUUGUUCACUGAGCCAGUUCCUAUUUGGAAUCCUUAUUUGCAAGUUCCACACUGUCUUACUCUGAUGGAAGUUUAAAAUAGACACCUUUGCUCUAGCACACCUUAGAGAUAGUCUGCUACUUGGGCAUUGCAUCUUGAAUUCUUUCAGUGAACAGAAUGGACCAUUGGAGAGAUACCAAAAUUUUAUAACAGGCGCCAGUUGCAGAAUAGUUUGUUUCUGUAUUUUGUACCUUGGACAUGUAGGGUUUCUACAAAGAUAGUAAAGCUUUAACAUGGUGUCAGUUGGAUAGGGCCAGCUCUUCAGAUUUGGUUAGCAUGAUGCUUUUUGCAGGUGACUGGAGUUUUUUAAACAUACUCUUCAUUGUAAUGCUGAAGCAGAGUGCAGCUCAAAGCUCUUCACCUGGUGCUGCCAAAAAAUUUAAUAAUUUUUUUAAAGUUCUUUUAUGUUCAUUCUGCAACUAACAGGGAAGGAGUGCUUUGGUUGCUAGAACCAAGCAGUUCCACAAAUACAUCUGGGGAUUUAAAGCGUAUUUGGCUUCUAUUUUAUAGAGAAUCUUUCUUCAUGCAUUCGUAGAUCUUUUUCCAUUUUAAUGUAACAGAACUUCAAAAUGUUGAUUCAGUUUUUUUACCAUUGCAUUCACAAAUUUAAUUAGAUGAGAAAAACUAAAAUGGACUGUUUCAAAAUAGGUCAAAUGGUUUCUGUCUUAGUCCGCUAACGCUGAUUUGCUCCCCUUCUGGAGCAAUGUGUGUGCACGGUCGGAGAAAUCUGUAACCCGUGUGUGCAACUCUGAUAGUUAUGGAAUAAUCUCAUUUGUUCAGCCACAGAGUGGGUAAAUGGCAAUUAAUGAGCUUACUUUCUCUCCUGCAUUCUGCCCAGGACUAGCUCUAACAUUCCAGCAGAUGACUUUCUUUUCUGACUUCAAGAAGCUUUACCUCAAAGAAUUACUGUUUGUUUGUUUUGUUUUUUUUUCUUUCUGGAUUUUUAGUAGGGAACAAGAGGAGGUUGGUGCAGGAAGCUCUGACUCUGGUCCUCUUGAUUUGAUCAUGGAACAAUAUAAGAUUGGACAAAACUGACCAAGUUGAAGGCACAGGCCUGGGUCAGUAGGGAGCUGUUUUGAGCAUUCCCAGAUGUACAGCGUGCUUGUGUCUGCCGCAGUAGUUAAGUCAGUUUGAAAACUGUGAUGUAUUAAGUUAGGAGUGGGUUAUUGUAGAUCCCACAAGUCUCUAGUCUUAAUCUUGUCUCUGGGAUUCAGUUUUAGGACAGCUUGUCUUUAGAAGGGAGAAAAACAUCUGGGUAAAUCUCAGUAAUUUGGGUAACUCCUGAAUAACACUUCUGAAGUUGUCAGUGUUUUAAAAUUACUGGUCCCCAUUGGAAUUCCAGUUGUGCUUGUUGAGGAAAUUGUGUCCAUGCUGAACUUCUGCCAUUUAGUAUCUUUCUGCUGUGUCACACUGCCUGCAUCUGACUUUGAAUUCUGGGUUGCACAGACAUUUCAGAAAUCAUUCAGGCAGUUAGUAACAUUUGCAAACUGCUUGGUUACAUUUCAGCCCUGCCAUAUCCUCUUUGGGAAGCAACCUUCUCCCCCCCAUCCCUCGGGAGGCCUUUUAAUCAAGGGAACCUGUUUUGCCAAAGUCUGGUACCUAUUGAAACCGCUUCUGAAAAAGUAAGAAGUUACAAGUCCAAGAUUUCACACUUUUCAGUCAGUAAUUCACCGAGCGUGAAAGCCAGGAAAAUCUUUUCACAUCUACUAAAAAAACCUCGUCUCCCACAAGCGAAGGAGCAGACCACUACUGGUUUGUGCUGGGCAAACCUACAGUGCGGAUGCUGUUACGGGAUGGAUUGCUGCUUUGAUAUUUAUGUCCUGACCAGAAAUCUGUCUCCUCUUUAUCCUGGCAGUAGAAGUGAAUGAAAGAACCAAUCUUGAGAGAUCACAAAGGAAGAAAAGCUGCUUAAGAAAUAGACUCUGGGCCCUGCCAACUUUUCUGAGACAUUCUAAUUGAAAAUGACUCCUGGUAUUUCUUAAGAGAUGCAAAAUUCAAAAGAAAAUGAAGGCUGCUUUUGAACAAAGGAUUUUGCCCUGUACUGUACAUUGCCUAAACUUACUCAUAAAUAUACAAUAGUUACCUUCCCAGAACCUCUCUGAAGAACUUAGCAAGCAAGAUUUUGCCUCUGCUAAGCAGAGUGCAGAGUUUAGAACCAUUAUAGUUUUCCAGACUGAUGGUUGUAUUCCUUUACUCUUAAGAAAAAUGAGAAGCUUCUAUUACCAAGCAUCAGUGAAGAGUGAGAGAUCUGCUUCUUGUUAGAAACUGGCCUUCCCAAGUAGACCUUUGUCUUAAGGAGCCUGAUUCAUAAUUUUUCUUUAGUCUUUGGCAGAGAAGAAACCAAGGGGCUUUUCGUGUCAAAAUAUUCAGGGCUUGCUUUGUUGUUUUUUUGUGGUUUGUUUUUUUUCUUUUUUACACAAGACAAACUUUUGUAUAUUAUCUGUUUAUAUGGUAUAUUUAACUCUUUGUUUAGUUCCUUUAUUAUUUUUUUUUUCUAAGUGGCAUUCUUAAAGAGCUGUUCUGGUUCUUGGGUUACUGGUGUAGCAGGCUUCUGCUUUAGGCAAAGGCUCAGGAGUGAAUUGACUGAACAUCUUACUGUGAUGAAGUCGUUCAGUGAAGGAAUUGCAUCAUCCAUCCUCCUCUUGCUGUUUCUUCCAAGAGUGCAGAGCUGCACCUCCUCACAGAGCAGGAAAGGGAAUGUGCCCAUGAAAUCAGUGACCCAGCCCUGUGCUGUGUGGAUGAAGGACCAAUAUGGCAGAGAUGGAGAAGGGGGAGUCAGUCAUCACUUAUUCUCAGCUAUACAGGGGUCUUUGAGCAAGCAUCCCUAGGACAGGAAUGCAACUUCCAGGGCCCAAAGGGACACUCCUCUAAAACUUUUCCACAUUGAGUAAAUGCUUCCUCUCCUUCUGUGCUAAUUUUAAUUUCUUUACCUCUGGAAAGUAUUUGGCUUACAGCUGUUGGCUUAUCCAGAAGCCAUGUUGUCCGUUCAGGCAGAUGGUAGGAAAGGUGGUAGGAAAGCUGUGAGUGUGGGCUCAUCUAAGAGAAGACCUUGCAGCACUGGAUCUGGAGCGUUGUGCAGGAGCUCCUUUGCUGCAUCGCAGAGAAGGAAACUUUUGGAGAUUUAUCCUGAGAUAUAAUGCUCAGUCAAAGUGUAUACAGUUUAUGCGUACUAUUUUAACAGUUUAUACUCAGCCUGUGAAAGUGUCCGGCAUGCUGGGGUCUGUGUGGGUGGCACCUUUUGCCCAGAGAUCGGAGGCACCCGCUGUCUGUUCUGUUCUGGCACUGGUGAAGGACUCAGCUGUCAGGCAAUGCCCAGUGUGACCCCUCUGCAGGCCCAUCGCUGGCUUCAGUGCUGGACCUGGCACCCAAGUGGUGUGGGACCACUCUUUGGGAAAGGCACCAGUCAUUUUACAGGUGUACCUUGAACAUAGUUUUAAGAGAAAAAAAAAAAAACCUCAAGCAAGUCAGAUGCCAUUGUGGUGGCUUGUGUUCCUGUAAACAUCCCCAGCCUUGCAGUUUUUCACCC